AGAGAGAGGAGGAAGGAAGUAAGGAAAGAAGGAACGCAGGAUUAUAAUCAGAUGAUCCUCUCUCCUGCACACACACACACACGCACACAGACAGAGAGUUUAUAGAUUGGUAUUAAACAGUGUUAGUGUGUGUGUGUGUGACGGGUUUGAUCUCUCUGAGCUUCUCCUCCUCCAUGUCUGCUAACACAUAAACCGCCGGUUGGGAGACAAGCCGCCGCCGCGCAGGCCUCAGGCCUCGGUGUAGAGUUAAACCCGCAUCCGUGUCUCGAGCUCCUGUGUGCCGGCGUGAGAGUGACUCGGGCAUGGGGGACAACCGAGAUUCUCGCAGUCCAGACAGCUCGUCGGUGUCGUCCCCAGCAUCAGGGAAACAAUCUCCUGCACUCGUCUCCUCAGCAGCUGCCAUGACCUCGCUGACCCCAGUCACGUCGGCGGUCAGCAGUCCGAUCAGCAGCAUGGGAUCCCCCUUCUCCGUCAUCAGCUCCUCUCUUGGCUCCCCGUGCCUCCCGGGGACGCCGUCAGUCGGCUACGGCCCGAUCAACAGCCCCCAGAUCAACUCCACUGUGUCCAUGUCCGGCCUGCACGCCGUCAGCAGCUCCGACGACGUGAAGCCGCCGUUUGGCCUCAAGCCGCUUUUAGGCCACAGCCCCGGACCCACGCACUCCCAGAAACGGAUGUGUGCGAUCUGUGGCGAUCGCUCCUCUGGUAAGCACUAUGGCGUGUACAGUUGUGAGGGAUGUAAAGGCUUUUUUAAGCGCACCGUGAGGAAAGACCUGAGCUACACCUGCAGAGAUAACAAAGACUGUAUGGUGGACAAGCGCCAGAGGAACCGCUGCCAGUACUGCCGCUACCAGAAAUGUCUCGCCAUGGGCAUGAAGAGAGAAGCUGUUCAGGAGGAGCGCCAGAGGAACAAAGAGCGUGAAGGAGAAGUCGAGUCCACCCACGCAGCCAAUGAAGAAAUGCCCGUGGAGAAGAUCCUGGAAGCGGAGAUGGCUGUAGAACAGAAGAUAGAACUGCAUUCCGAUGGAAGUUCAGGCACCAGUUCUGAAAACGACCCUGUCACGAACAUCUGCCAGGCAGCUGAUAAACAGCUCUUCACUCUGGUGGAGUGGGCCAAAAGAAUCCCGCACUUCUCAGAACUGGCUCUCGACGACCAGGUCAUCCUUCUACGUGCUGGUUGGAAUGAGCUGCUGAUCGCCUCGUUCUCUCAUCGCUCCAUCAGUGUAAAGGAUGGCAUCUUGCUGGCCACUGGGCUCCACGUGCACAGAAACAGUGCACACAGCGCGGGAGUGGGAGCCAUCUUCGAUAGGGAGAGUGCGCACAAUGCAGAGGUUGGGGCCAUAUUUGACAGGGUUCUGACUGAACUAGUGAGUAAGAUGAGGGACAUGCAGAUGGACAAGACGGAGCUCGGGUGUCUCAGAGCCAUCAUUCUUUUCAACCCAGACGCGAAAGGCCUUUCAAACCCAAGCGAAGUGGAAUUACUGAGGGAGAAAGUCUACGCUGCACUAGAAGCUUACUGUAAACAGAGAUACCCCGACCAGCAGGGCAGGUUUGCCAAGCUCCUCCUCCGACUGCCGGCGUUGCGCUCCAUUGGUUUAAAAUGCCUGGAACAUCUGUUCUUUUUCAAGCUGAUCGGCGACACCCCGAUCGACACCUUCCUCAUGGAGAUGCUGGAGGCUCCGCAUCAGCUCACCUAAUCUGGACCACUUAAUCUAGCCAGUCGUAUCUGGUUUGCACCAGGGUGUACCGGUAGCCUGGACAUUGGGGCUUCACUGUGUCUGAUCAGUCUCCUGCUCAUACCUUCCUUUAUCCGCUACUUUUCUGUUCCCCCUCCCACGUUAGUUAUUGCGCCAAAAAGACUUUCGUCUCUCAGAGAGAAAAACAAACAAACAAAAAAAAAAAAACAAA